UUGUUGCAUCCGCUCCUGAACACGUUCACAAAUUGUUCUCUUCAGGUACAAGGCAGCUUGUUCCUAGCAUCACUAUCAAUUCUGCUCGUUGCUGCAACCGGUUUCGUUGGUCAGAUUGCUAAGUUUUUGGGUCCAAUUACGAUUUGUCCUAUUCUGGUUUUACUGACCGUUUCUACAACUGAAGUCAUCCUUGUUAAAAUAUCAAGUCACUGGAUUUCAAUAUUACAAAUUGCAACACUCGUGAUUGUCGCUGUUUACUUGGCAGAUAUCGACGUGCCAUUUCCAGUGUGGACUGCACAAGAGAAGCGAUUUAGUUCUACUAAAGCAAGAAUAUUCGGCGAAGCGAGGGUUGACAAAAAUCAGACCAUGGCUGUACUGCACAAUUCACCAUGGUUAAGUGUACCAUAUCCUGGUCAAUUUGGCAUGCCACGUGUUAGUCUUGGGUUGACAUUCGGCUUUCUCGCAUCAUGUGUCGCAUGCGUUAUCGAAACACUCGGAUCCUAUGCGACGAUCGCUCGUGUGUCCCAAGAAUCAACCGCACCAUCAUCAUCCAUUAACCGAGGCAUCCUGAUCGAGGGUGAGNAAGCAAUUUUAGUACAGUACGUAUUGAUUGUAGGCAUUGGAUGUUGUUUAUCAGCUGUGAUGGGAACAUGUGUGGGAGUCACUACUUUCACUGAAAAUGUUGCGCUAGUUUCUGUUACAAAGGUUGCAAGUCGGUUCACAAUGACACUGGCUGGUUGUAUGCUCAUCAUUCUGGGUAUUUUUGCAAAAGUUGGUGCACUGUUGGCCACCAUUCCAAGCGCUUGUAUUGGUGCUGUGUUAUUGGUUGGUAUGAGUAUGAUACUCGGUGUUGGAUUAGCGUGUUUAGAGUCGGUUGAUUUGAAGAUAUCGCGCAACUUAACAAUCAUGGGUUUUUCGGUUCUGAUAGGAAUUCUCGUUCCGCAAUAUUUCAAGCAACAUCCACCAACCACUGGUUCCGUAGAGUUGGAUCAGGUAUUGCAGAUUCUGUUGACCAUACCUAUGUUUGUUGGAGGCAUCAUAGCGUUCUUUCUUGACAAUACAGUCGGAGGUAAACGUUGCUUUUUUUGGGAUAUCUUUCCAAACUUAUCUGAUAUUAUUAUCAUGAGUCGUGUCUAUUCAUUCGACUUCAAUCUGCAAACAUUUACUUUCAUCCCAAAACCGAACUGA